AUGGAUGCCGGCGGCCAGAAUGGCGGCGGCGACGCCGAAAGCAUGAUGGCGCUCCUGUUUGACGACGGCGACGACGCCGGCGCCGACGACAAUGCCGCCGCGCUCGCGCAGCAGCACAUGCAGCAGCAGCAGCAGCAGCAGGCCGCGGCGCUCGCCGCCGCCCUCGCCCAGCCUGGGCCGCAGCUGCAGGCCGGCGUCGCGCCGCUGCACGCGCUGCUGAUGGCGCAGCAGACUCAGCAACAGCAGGUGCAGCAGCAGCAGCAGCACCAGCAGCAGCAGCAACGCGCGGCUCAGGGUGGCUUCGGCGACAUCGUCGCAGGGGCGCGCGGCGAGCGGGGUGCCAACGGCCUGCCGGCGCCCGGCGGCGGCGGCCAGAAGCAGGCGCGCCGCAAGGGCGAUGAUGGCGACGAUGACGAUGAGUGGGAGCCAGGAAAAAAGCAGCCCAAGAAGCCCCGCGCCGGCGCCACGCCCGCGCCCGGCGGCGGCGGCAUGCUCCCGAGCAUGCUCGGCGGCGGCGGCGGCGCGGGGCUGACGCCGUUUGCGGGGCAGACGCAGCUGCCCGACGGGACGGGUGUCGGCGGGGGCGGCGCGGCUCAGGGCUGGGACCCCGCCGGCCAAGGAAGCGCCGGCCUGGGCCAGUGGGGCGGCCUCAACUUCAACCGCAGCUCCGGCGGCGGCGCGCUGCCCAGCAUGCUCGGCGGCGCCGGCGGCGGCCCCGGCGCGCCCGGCGGCUUUGGAGGGUUUGGGGGCGCGGCCGGGUUGGGCGGGCUGGGGGGCAUGGACCCCCAGCAACAGCACAUGCUCGCGCAGCAGCUGAUGCAGCAGCAGCUGAUGCAGGCGGCGGCGGCCGGCAUGGGCAUGCCCGGCGGCGGCGGCGGCGUCGGGGGCGGCCGGCUCUACCCCGGCCUCGCCGCCGCCGCCGCGCCCGGCGGCUACGGCGCCUCGCCGUUCGGCGGCCUCGGGCGCGGCGCGCCGCCGGGCGCGCCGGGGCCCGCACCGUUUGGGGGCAUGCCCAUGGGCAUGGGCACGGGGACCGGGAUGUGGACGCGCGGCCGCGUGACGGGCGGCGCGCCGGCGUUCCCCGGGAUGAGGGCGGCGCCGGCUCAGGAGGCGGACGACACUCAUGAGGCCGACGAGCUGCUGUCCAAGUGCGAGCAGGUGCGCGGCAGCUUCCCGGGUGCUUGGGAAGGGGGGGAAAGCCUCCCGCGCGGGGGGCUGGCCGCGGGCCUAUCGGCGGGGCCGGCGGCGGGAGGGGGCGAGUGCGCGCGCGAGAGCGUGGUUUGUGGGGAGACAGGGGGCGAGCGUGAUGAGCGGCCACGGUAUGAGGAGUCAUCGUCUGGAGUAUACUACUUCACUGGUUGA